AUGUCCCAGACAGCUGCUCAGGAAGCAAUCCUGCACGCGUCUGGAAUUGGCACACCUUCACCAUCUAAGGACUACUGCAUGUUCUAUAACCCUCAUUGGACAGCUCUGCCAAGAACCCUAGAAAAUGCAACUUCCGUUAGUUUGAAGAAUCUAACUUCCACACCACUAUGCAACAUUUCUGAUAUUCCUUCUGAUGGAAUAAAGAACAAAGCAGUUGUGGUUCAGUGGGGAACCUGCCAUUUUCUUGAAAAAGCCAGAAUUGCACAAACCGGAGGUGCUGAAGCAUUGUUGGUUGCCAAUAACAGUGUCUUAUUUGCUCCCUCAGGGAACACAUCUGAAUUUCAUGAUAUGAAAAUACUGAUUGCAUUUAUAAACAACAAAGACUUCAAAGAUAUGAAGCAGACUCUUGGAGAUAACAUUACUGUGAAAAUGUAUUCUCCGUCAUGGUCUAACUUUGACUAUACUAUGGUGGUUAUUUUUGUAAUUUCUGUGUUCACUGUGGCAUUAGGAGGAUACUGGAGUGGACUACUUGAAUUGGAAAGCAUGAAAGCAGUAGCAGACACUGAAGACAGAGAAAUGAGGAGAAAGAAGGACGAAUAUUUCACUUUCAGUCCUCUAACAGUUGUAAUAUUUGUGGCCAUCUGCUGUGUUAUGAUGGUCUUACUUUAUUUCUUCUACAAAUGGUUGGUUUAUGUUAUGAUAGCAAUUUUCUGCAUAGCAUCAGCAAUGAGUCUAUACAACUGUCUUGCUGCACUAAUUCGUAAGAUACCAUAUGGACAAUGCACGAUUGUGUGUUCUGGCAAAAGCAUUGAAGUGAGACUUAUUUUUCUCUCUGGACUGUGCAUAGCAAUAGCUGCUGUUUGGGCCGUGUUUAGAAAUGAAGAUAGGUGGGCUUGGAUUUUACAGGAUAUCUUGGGGAUUGCUUUCUGCCUGAAUUUAAUUAAAACACUGAAGUUACCCAACUUCAAGUCAUGUGUGAUACUUCUAGGCCUCCUCCUCCUCUAUGAUGUGUUCUUUGUUUUCAUAACACCAUUCAUCACAAAGAACGGCGAGAGUAUCAUGGUUGAACUUGCAGCUGGACCUUUUGGAAAUAAUGAAAAGAAUGAUGGAAACUUGGUGGAAGCCACUGGUCAACCCUCAGCUCCCCAUGAGAAAUUACCAGUAGUCAUCAAAGUACCAAAGCUGGCAUAUUUCUCAGUAAUGAGUGUAUGCCCCAUGCCAGUUUCCAUAUUGGGUUUUGGAGAUAUUAUUGUACCAGGCCUGUUGAUUGCAUACUGUAGAAGAUUUGAUGAGCAGACUGGUUCUUCUUCUUCUAUAUACUAUGUCUCCUCCACAAUUGCCUAUGCUGUUGGCAUGAUAAUUACCUUUGUUGUUCUGGUGCUGAUGAAAAAGGGGCAACCUGCUCUCCUCUAUUUAGUACCGUGCACACUUAUUACUGCCUCAAUUGUUGCUUGGAGACGUAAAGAAAUGAAAAAGUUCUGGAAAGGUAGCAGCUAUCAGAUGAUGGACCAGCCGGACUAUGCGCCAAAUGAAGAAAACCCUGUGGCUGCUGGUGAACAGAUUAUCCAACAGUAAUAUUAUGUGGACCUGCCAUAAUGUUUCAGUUGAUUUUCUGCAAAGGAGUUUUGCUUUUUGAACUGACAAUCUGAAAGAAUCUUCAAUGAUAUGCUUGCAAAUAUACAUUUUUAAGAGCUGGUACUGUCGAUUAUGUCCUAAGUAAUUAAAAUACAUUUGCUUUUAACUAUGUUAAAGUUGUGCCUUCACAUUAAAUAAAAGGAUAUGGUCUGUAUCACUUUCAAAAUGUA